CCAGCGGGCGGGAGCGGCCGCCCCGAGCCGGGUCCGGCGCGGAGGGGCCGCCGCUCCGGCAGCUCAUGCCCUCGGUGCCCGGCACUAACGCCCUCCGUGCCUGCCGUCCCGGCAGGUGCCUCUGCACACCCCACACCUCCCCGCUCCGCUGCGCCCUGCGCUGAGCCAGACCAGCUGCAUCGCCGUGUCCUGACCGAAGGCUCCUGGGAUGUCACGCCGCAGGCACCAGCCCAAGCCUGGCGACCUGAUCAAGGUCAAGCGAUCAGUUUACCAACACUGGGCCCUCUACUUGGGGGAUGGAUAUGUCGUCCACCUGACGUCCGCAGAUGAAGGGAUCCGAUGCCUGUCAGGCAGUAGUGACCCAAUAAUGAGGAAAAAGGCCAAGGUGAAGAAGCAGCUCCUGAAGGAGGUGGUGGGAAAUAAUGCCUGGGAGGUCAACAACAAGUAUGACCGCUCCUACACCCCCCUCCCAGUGGAGGAGAUCAUCAGGCGUGCUGACAGCUACAUUGGCAUGGAGAUGACCUAUCGUGUGCUUCGCAAAAACUGUGAGCACUUUGUGACAAUGCUCCGCUAUGGCAAGAGUGUCUCUGACCAGGCCAGGAAUGCAAUUGUAGGGAUAGGCGUGUUGGCUCAGAGUGCAUCCAGCAUUGGAUUUGUCAUUAGUGCAACUCUGGCUGCGGCUGCUGCUCCUCUUGGUGCUGUUGCUGUUGCUGUUGUUGGUGCUGGUGCUAGUGUUCUUGCUGCUACUUUUGCUGCCCUAAAACUGAAGUUUCGGAGAUUGUAGGACAAAUUUUACAAAGCAAGCUACUGCAUGUUCAUUAUUAUAUUAUUUUAUUAUUAUGCUUUAUGUAAUUGACUGGCUAGAUUAUCAUAAAUAUUAAAAUAUUGUAAUAAAGAAAAAAUUGUGUAAGCAAUGUGUAAUAAAAA